UUUCCUGUACCACUCCUCUCUUUCCAUACUUGGCAAUGCCUUUCUCGCUUCUCCGCUAUUGGCUGCUGCACAGAAGGCCCGGAGUGACCCGGACGUACAACCGAGGCCUGUUUUCUCGCCGCAGCCUCCUUCCUGUAGCCCGCUUGAGGAAGUGAAUUUCGCUGACAGGGCUGGGUUCACAGUAAGGUAGAGGCGAACAAAACAUCUUCCGCGGGGGACUAAAAAAAACAACCAGAGGAGCAACUUCAUAAAUCGUAAUAAAGCUAAGGUGUACACACAUUGGUGAUAUCAAGCUCCCCUGCCCCGCUGAGACCGCCGCAGACAUGAAUGACCAGCAGCUGGACUGUGCUCUGGACCUGAUGAGGCGUCUGCCUCCUCAGCAGAUCGAGAAGAACCUCAGUGACCUCAUUGACCUGGUGCCCAGUCUGUGUGAGGACCUCCUCUCUUCUGUGGACCAGCCCCUGAAGAUCGCCCGGGACAAAGUGGUGGGAAAAGACUACCUGCUCUGCGAUUACAACCGAGACGGCGACUCCUACAGAUCCCCGUGGAGUAAUAAAUAUGAACCUCCCAUUGAAGAUGGUGCAAUGCCUUCAGCUCGCCUGAGGAAGCUGGAAGUGGAAGCCAAUAACGCCUUCGAUCAGUACAGAGACCUGUACUUUGAGGGUGGCGUGUCCUCUGUGUACCUCUGGGACUUGGAUCAUGGCUUUGCUGGAGUGAUUCUCAUUAAAAAGGCAGGAGACGGAUCCAAGAAGAUCAAAGGAUGCUGGGACUCUAUUCAUGUGGUGGAGGUGCAGGAGAAGUCCAGCGGCCGCACUGCUCACUACAAACUCACCUCUACUGUCAUGCUGUGGCUCCAGACAACCAAGACCGGCUCCGGUACCAUGAACCUGGGCGGCAGCCUUACAAGACAGAUGGAAAAAGACGAAACGGUUGGAGAGUCUUCGCCCCACAUCGCUAACAUCGGACGCCUUGUUGAAGAUAUGGAGAACAAGAUUCGUUCCACACUGAAUGAAAUCUACUUUGGCAAGACCAAGGACAUCGUCAACGGCCUGAGGAGUGUGCAGACCCAGGCUGACAAGUCGCAGAAGGAGGCUCUGAAGGUCGACCUAAUGGAGGCACUCAAACGCAAACAUAACAGCUAGAGAUGCUACUGUUGUUUUUUGUUUUUUUUUCUCCGUCUCACUCUCUCUUCGCCUCAUCUCUGCCAUCUUCUGUUUCUUUACGUCUCUCUCUCUCUCCAUGCCUGUUCAGUGCUGCACUCUUGUUAAUUUGUGGAAAAACGAAAAAGGAGAAAACGCUUUGCAUUUUAUGUCUAUUUUUUUUUUGUUUUGUUCUUUUUGUUUUUGUUUCCAUGCAUCUCGUCUGCCAUGAAGCCAUUCACCCACACUCUGUUUCUCUUUCCCCCUCUCUGUGUCACCUGUAAUGAAUAUAAUGAUAGUAUUGCCACGGUUAAUGAUACAGAGUGAAGCUCACUGUACUGAUAAUCCCCGGUGCGUCCUCGGUCAGUGCUCAUCUAGCUGCCGUGACCCCUACAGGCGGGGUAGGCUCGACAGUGGUGUCAUUAUGUUCAUUCACCUUAUCUCCUGCUCCCGUUUUGUCUCCGACACCAUUCAGAUAUAUUUGUAUAGAAAUAUAACUGUCCACGUAUAACUGUAAGCCCUCGGGGCAACGUAAACAUGAGGAUGGCCUUUCUGUGUGCACAAAGAGGUUUUUACAUUUUAUCCCACUCUGUCUGCAUGCAUGUGUGCCUGUGUGGGAACACGGGGCAGCAGGAGGAGGACAUGGGUCAAACAUGGGGAUGGACUGUUAUCACCCUCGUCACAAACCGCCCCCCCCCCCCCCCCCACCCCACACUGUGUAUAACAUGGCAGUUUCUUCCCCCUCUGUUCAACUCAUCCAGCUCUCUUCACCUAUUCUGUCUUUGUUGGGGGUCACAGUUUGUCUUUGUGUCUCACUGGAAACCUUUACGUGUUUCCAUUUUUGGAGGGGAAUCUUUUUUUUUGUUUUGUUUUUAUUUUGUAAAGCUUAUGAUUCAUAUUGUAUUAGAGCCUCCAGCAACAAUAAAAACUGUAAAAAGCUAAACUUGUUUUUCUUCUGACUCUGUGAGGUGAUGUCAUUGUUGAGUUGGACUGUAGAUGUUGGACUGGCUUUACUUGGGAUCAUGAGUAAUCAGUGAAUUGUCCAAAAAUAAAGCCUUAUUUCCAGAAACAAGGCC